AUGGCAACAGAAAUCCUAAAUUCUGAUUCACCUGAUCCUUUAAUCAUAACCUCUCCAGCAAUUGCGAGAACCGUCACCACUGCCUCAACUCCCAGCACCGUCAGCGACACAGACUCUUCGCCGUCUGUACCUCUUUCACGUCAUCGAUCCCAUCCUCGAUACAGUCGGGAACAAGAACGGCAACACAAUAGUAACUUCCAACGCGCUAUCGAAACUAGCUUCACAUCCUUUGUCAAUCAGAUGUCCCGCGACCCCGAUGAAGUCUUGCAGUUACUCGACCGGCUCGUGCCGCGCGAAGAAUACGACCUGUUUAUAGACGACGACGAUUACUACCCUUUUGGUGCUGAAUCCGUCAACGAUAAUUCGUCCGAUGACCACGACCACGAAUACGACUCAGUAUCGGACUCAGAAAGUCUUUUUGUUGACGACCGUCAGGAAGAAGACGUAGACGAAGACGAGGACGACGACAUAAACCUAAUCGGCGCCCGACAUAUCCAAAGGCCGUCUCAAAAUCGACCUUGGCCUAAUAGUUCUGCAAGCCCGGACCUUCUACCAAGCGACGAUCUUUUUGACGGUUUUACUUUCACCGGCAGGAUGGACCGAAACUUGCGCAAUAAUCGAAGGGACGAGUUAGUGGACGUAGAAAUCGAGAGCACCAAUCCCCAACGAAACCAGCGGGGAAGCAGGCAACGACAGCCCCGUGCACAACCCGAAGUUAUUGACUUAACGGGUGAGAAUGACAAUGUCACUCAGCUUGCACCAGCCGUGCCUCGAAACCGGUCCCAGAACACACGGAGACAACGCUCUCAACAACAAGGAACGCCUCCCCAACUUAACCGUACCGACACGGGCUAUAUGGAGCUGCCGACCGUCAUCGACCUUAUCUCUGAUUCGGAUGAGGAACCUAAUAGGAUGCCCCCACCGAGGAGCAAUUCUCCCGGCCGCAACCAACAAGAAGUACCUCGCGGACAACCUCGCCGCUCAGCACAACCUCCGGAACCAGGUCACAACACCUUACAACAUCGUCUACAUCGCCUAAUCAAUGGUAUUCCUCUCCCCUUAAUCCAUCUUCUCAAUAACCAUCCACCCAUGGCAGACAACGAACCCAUCGACGACCUUGAGAUUGUCAUGCUUGGUCAACGUAACCUCGACGCGAUGGUAGCACCCAAUGUACCCACAGGCUUCGACUACAAUGCAGUCGCUUUUGGAAAUGGAGCGCCGGCACCUGGUGGUCUUAAUACGAAGCCCGCGCAUGAACCUCCGAAAGAGACGAGAGAGGGUUUCACGAGGGAUACGGGUGAAGAUGUAGUUGCUAUCUGCCCUAGUUGCGACGAGGAACUGGCCUAUGAUCCAGAUGACGAUGGUAGCUCGGGCCCUCCAGCUAAGAAGGCUCGCACCAAGAAAGACAAGGCCGAGCAUCAUUUUUGGGCUGUCAAGGCUUGCGGUCACGUCUAUUGCCGCAAGUGCUACGAGAAUCGCCGACCCGUAGGCAAGAAACCCAUCCCCGUGGGAUUCACCCAAGAUAACAGCGGAACCAAGCACAAGAUUAUUUGCGCCGUCGAGGACUGCAACUCGGAUGUGACGGCGAAGAAUUCUUGGGUCGGUAUUUUCCUAUGA